GGCAUGGCCACCAUUCAUAGACAAUCCAAUUAAGCUUGAAGCCUCUUGCUCACAACUUGUCAAGAACAACUCUGAGCUGCAACAAUGGCUUAUCAGCAGCAUUCCUCAUCCUCCUUGCUGAUGCUGCUAGUUAUUGUCUUGUCAUCCGUGGCCAGCAACAUGGUUAUGGGAGAGGCUCGCCGCCUACUGGAAACCAACAUCCCAGAGCUCCCCAAGCCUGAGCUGCCUCUUCCCCAAUUCCCAGAGCUUCCCAUUCCUGAGCUGCCACCAUUCCCUAAAAUCGAAUUGCCACCACUACCUCAUCUCCCAACUUUGCCAAAGCUCGAGUUGCCAACCGCGUUGAAACCUAAACUAUCUGCCACACCAAAACCUGAGCUGCCGGCUGUGCCAAAACCUGAGCUACCUGCUGUGCCCAAGCCUGAGCUUCCUGUCGUGCCAAAGCCCGAGUUGCCGGCCGUGCCAAAACCAGAGCUGCCUGUCGUGCCAAAGUCCGAGUUGCCUGCCGUGCCAAAACCAGAGCUGCCGUCUGUGCCAAAACCAGAGUUGCCGGCUCUGCCAAAGCCUGAGUUACCAAAGGUCCCAGAGCUACCAUCUCUACCCCAUCUCCCGGACCUGACUAAGCCCAUAGUGCCAACCCUGCCCAAGGACAUCCCUGUUCCUUCCCAGCCCAAAGCUACUCCUUGAAUAUUACUACUCUACAUUGCGGUGUUUAGCAGAUGCUCCUCCAGACAUGUCAUUUUACAGUACUUGAUCAAAGACUAGCUUAUGUGUGUCUCUAUUUUCUAAACGAUGAUCCAUAUUAUAUGUACCUGUUGCUGAGUUGUAUUUGUACCAUCUUCUCUCUACUUAUAAGUUGAAAUUGAUCUUUACUUGAGUGAUUUUCUGGGUUCA